GUCUCAUUGGUUAGUUUAAUAGCCAAUGCUUUGGGCUAUUCUGAACUUGGUGCCAUUAAAUCGCUUCGGACAUUACGAGCUUUAAGACCUUUAAGAGCCUUGUCACGAUUUGAAGGAAUGAGGGUGGUUGUAAAUGCCCUUGUAGGAGCAAUUCCAUCUAUCAUGAAUGUAUUGCUGGUUUGUCUUAUAUUCUGGCUCAUCUUCAGCAUCAUGGGAGUAAAUCUGUUUGCUGGCAAAUUCUAUCACUGUGUCAACACCACAACUGGUGAGAUGUUUGAUGUCAGUGAUGUCAACAAUUAUACUCAGUGUGAGGAACUCAUAAAAAACAAUCAAAGUGCCCGAUGGAAAAAUGUGAAAGUAAACUUUGAUAAUGUAGGAGCUGGAUAUCUUGCUCUUCUCCAAGUAGCUACUUUCAAAGGAUGGAUGGAUAUUAUGUAUGCUGCUGUUGAUUCACGAGGUGUAAAAGAUCAACCUAAGUAUGAGGACAACUUAUAUAUGUAUCUUUAUUUUGUCAUCUUUAUCAUAUUUGGAUCAUUCUUUACCUUGAACCUUUUCAUUGGUGUCAUUAUAGACAACUUCAACCAACAAAAAAAGAAGUUUGGAGGUCAGGAUAUAUUUAUGACAGAAGAACAGAAGAAAUAUUACAAUGCAAUGAAGAAACUGGGAUCCAAAAAGCCACAGAAACCUAUACCAAGGCCAGUGAACAAAUUCCAAGGCAUGGUCUUUGAUUUUGUAACCAAACAAGUAUUUGACAUCAGCAUCAUGAUACUCAUCUGCCUUAACAUGGUCACAAUGAUGGUAGAAACAGAUGAUCAGAGUAAAGAAAUGGAAACAAUUUUAUCCCGGAUUAACCUUGUGUUCAUUAUCCUUUUCACUGGAGAAUGUGUCCUGAAAUUGAUUUCACUUCGCCAUUACUACUUCACUCUAGGCUGGAAUAUUUUUGAUUUUGUGGUUGUGAUUCUCUCCAUAGUAGGAAUGUUCUUAGCUGAGAUGAUUGAGAAGUAUUUUGUGUCCCCGACGCUAUUCAGAGUCAUCCGACUUGCCAGAAUUGGCCGAAUCCUGCGUCUCAUUAAAGGCGCUAAGGGAAUCCGCACUCUGCUUUUUGCUUUGAUGAUGUCUCUUCCUGCUUUGUUCAACAUUGGUCUGCUGCUGUUCCUGGUCAUGUUUAUCUAUGCGAUAUUUGGCAUGUCCAACUUUGCCUAUGUUAAGAGGGAAGUUGGGAUUGAUGACAUGUUCAACUUUGAGACGUUUGGCAACAGCAUGAUCUGCCUGUUUCAAAUUACCACAUCUGCAGGCUGGGAUGGUUUGCUAGCCCCAAUUCUAAACAGUGGGGAGCCAGACUGUGAUCCCCAUAAAGACCAUCCAGGGAGCUCCGUUAAAGGUGACUGUGGCAACCCUUCCGUUGGGAUUUUCUUCUUUGUCAGCUACAUUAUCAUAUCAUUUCUGGGAGUGGUGAACAUGCACAUUGCUGUGAUUUUGGAGAACUUCAGUGUGGCUACUGAAGAAAGCGCUGAACCCUUGAGCGAGGAUGACUUUGAGAUGUUCUAUGAAGUCUGGGAGAAGUUUGAUCCCGACGCAACACAAUUCAUAGAAUACAGUAAGCUGUCAGAUUUUGCAGCUUCAUUAGAUCCUCCUCUUCUCAUAGCAAAACCAAACAAAGUCCAGCUUAUUGCAAUGGAUCUGCCCAUGGUAAGCGGUGACAGAAUUCACUGCCUUGACAUCUUGUUUGCUUUCACAAAGCGUGUUUUGGGGGAAAGUGGAGAGAUGGAUGCCCUCAGAAUACAGAUGGAAGAUCGGUUUAUGGCAGCCAAUCCUUCUAAAGUCUCCUAUGAACCAAUUACAACCACAUUAAAACGAAAACAGGAGGAAGUAUCUGCUGUCAUUAUUCAGCGUGCUUACAGACGUCAUCUUUUAAGGCAAAAAGUUAAACAGGUGUCUAGUAUAUAUAACAGAAAUAAAAACAAAGAAGGAGAUGGACCAGUUAUAAAAGAGAUAAUUAUUGAUAAACUAAACAGGAACUCCACUCCAGAAAAGACAGAUGAGAGUUCCUCUACAACUUCCCCACCUUCUUAUGACAGUGUAACUAAGCCAGAGAAAGAAAAAUAUGAAAAAGAUAAAGCAGAAAAAAACUACAAAGGUAAAGAUGUCAGGGAACAUAAAAAAUAAAGAUCUAAGAAUUCUGCUUGUUGGACAACUUGUUUACAGUCUUUGAGAAUGAAGCAUCAACUGGACUCCUGCAGGAGAUUUAUGCCAAACUGACGGUUUUUACACAUAUAUAUAUGUGUGUGUGUGUGCGCGCGUGUGUGUGUGCAUAUAUAUACAUUAUAUAUAUACUUAAGGUCAGUGCCUAUAACAAAACAGUAAACUUUCAUCAUCAAACUGUGACUCUGUGAAUCAGGGUAACAAACUUGACAAGAGGUUACUGUUUUCACUACAGCUGACACUGCUAAGAAUAAGGGAAAAAGUGGCUCCACAGAGAACAAGGAGCGUGAAAUGAGUGCAAAACAAUAUUUUUUGUUUCACAUUCUGCAAAACACAUAGAACAGUAAUUCUCUUCACUGUUUGUAAUGUAACUGCUAUAUUUGUCUGAUUUUUACAAAAGCAGUAUCAGUGUAUUUAUUUUU